GCCGGCUCGUGUAAACUGGCAGCUCACACACAGGUUCAAUUAACGAGCUAAUUAAGCAGCCGGAGAAGCGCCGGUGUUGUCCGAGAGGCUCAUAGCAGGAGGCCGGUUUGGUCGUAUGGAGACGCUGCGGUGAGCCACAUCUCUCGUCUGCCAGCAGAAAUGGGGGAAUCUCGGGUCAUUGUUGGAGAGCUGCUGGCCUUGUGCCUCCAGAGGAUUACCAUGGAGGAAAAUGCAAUGAACGGAGAGCUCGAGAUAGUUGAAGUGGUCAAAAACUUUGAGGCCACUAGAAAAAAAUGGCUUCACGCUGAGCUGGAGCUGAAGAAGUACAAGGAGCUGCUGGUGAAAUCGGACGUGGCAAAAGCGGCUCUGGAGGUGAAACUGAAACAUGCCCGCAACCAGGUGGAUGUGGAGAUUAAGAAGCGCUACAAAGUCGAGGCAGACUACCAGUACUUGCAGAGGCAGAUGCAGCUGAUGUGCGACAUUCUGGUCCAUGACAGCAAAUCCAGCGCGUGUCUGAAUGACGAGCAGAAAUCUCUGCUGGCUAAUUUCGAGCACAGGGGAGCCAAUGUCACUCUGCACAAGAGCAAUAAACGGUUGUCUGUCAUUGACGAAUCAUCUUUCCUGUCACACUCGGAUAUCAGCUAUGAUAGAACCGAGGAUGACCUGGACCUGGACACCACUCUGAUUAAACCCCUGAGAUCUCGAGCGAGGGAAAGGAGGCGGUCGUCCAUGGGACCGGCGGUAGGCGCUUUAGCCGGGAAGCGAGGGAGAGGAGGAAACGCCUCUGGAGACCUGCUGGAGAGGCCGACGCUGGAAAAGGAAAUCGAAACAGUCGUGAAGGCGUCCGUCACGACCCCAGAGAGCGGAGGUCAGAUCCACAUGGUGAUCGGCAUAACCCAGGAGACGCCAGAGAAGGCGAGCAGGGCUGCGACACGAGAGCGCCCGGCCUCGCUCCACAGCAAAGAUCAAACGUCGGUGUGGGGGCCCGAGGAUGAGACCAUGCUGGAGCCUGACACCGUGGCCCCGAUGGAGGAGGCCGCCGCAGAGGUCAGCGCCAAGCCGGCUUACACUUUCAUGGUGGAGAAAACCCCGAAGCACGUGUUCCUGUCCAAAACGGUGAUCCGGCCGGAGACGUGUUUGCCGUGUGGGAAGAGGAUCCGCUUCGGGAAGAUGGCAGUUAAAUGUCGAAACUGCCGCCUUGUCGCUCACCCCGAGUGCAAACAGAAAUGUGUUGAAGGCUGCUCCCCGGCCACAGCCGACGCUCCCCUGCAGGCGGACACCUUGGAGAGCUGUGCUCCAGCGACUCAUCCUCGAGUUCCUCUCCUGGUCGUUCAGUGUGUGAAUGAAAUUGAGAAAAGGGGACUAGAAGAGAGGGGGAUUUACCGAGUCCCUGGCGGGGAGCGUUUGGUGAAGCUGCUCAGGGAGAAGUACAUCCAGGGGAAAGGGGCGCUGGUGCUGAGCAAGGUGGAGGACAUCCACGUCAUCUGCGGCCUUCUCAAGGACUUCCUGAGGAAACUGAAGGAGCCUCUCAUCACCUUCCACCUGCACAGGACGUUCAUGCAGGCCUCAGAGAUCCCUGAUGAAAAGAAGAGCGCCGGCGUCAUGUCCGAGGCCAUAGGGGACUUGCCAAAGGCUAAUAGAGACACCUUGGCUUUCCUCAUGCUUCAUUUACAGAAGGUCAUGAGGAGCCCCAAGUGUCAGAUGGACCAGAGCAACUUGGCGCGGGUGUUUGGACCGACCAUCGUCGGGCACGGGUUGGCCGAGCCGUCUCCGAUGACCAUCGUGAGAGACACAAGCACUCAGCCUAAGGUUGUUGGCCGCCUGCUGUCCUUCCCUGAGGAGUACUGGAGGCGGAUCCUCGACGCGCAGAGGGAUCAACCCUCCAUGGACUCGGCCAGCAACCAGGAUAACGGACGUGAUCGGCUGUUCAAGCCGCUGACGUCGCCGGAGCUCAACGCCUACUACGCCGCUCACAACACGGGCUCUCUGAGGGGCCGCAUCAGGAACCUGGGCAACGCCUUCAACAGCACUGGCAGGUCAAAGGGAGAGCCAGGAAAGAGGUUCUUCACUUCCCCCAGCUGAUGGGUUUCAUCUUCCCAGAACCUGUGUGUUUUUGUUUUUUUUUUUUUUUUUUUUUACCACUGAUUGUUCAGUAAUGUGAAGAAUAUUGGUAUUUGGAUGUAGAAAGCUUUACAGUCAAAGUAAGCAGUGUUUUUGUGUGUAAAUAUUGUGUUGUAAAUUUCAUAUGGGGAUGAAAAGCUCAUUUGAGCGAAUGAAGUUUGCAUGGCUGUUUGUGUGGAGCGCACUGAGGUUUUUGUUCCUGCCAAGCAGAUAAAAUACGGUAAUGAAUGUAUUUCUUUUUUAAACACUUAAGGCACUUGAAUCAAUGAAAAGCACAGCAAACUUGAAAUAAAUUUAUCAUGAAUAAAGACGUAUAAUCUUGAACCCCCCCUUUUGGAGGGUAGU